AAAAGUGUGAUAAUGGUAGUUGACUGACUUAGUCAGGCAAAGCGUUCGCGGAAACUUGCUAAAAUCAAAGUGACGCAUAGUGUUUUGGUUACACAAUUGCAUUUUCUUGUGAUUCUGUGAAGCUAUUCUUCAUCUUUUUCUUACAAACUAAGCGAAUAAAAAUGGCGACAACUGUGGGAGAAACUCUUCUCUCAGCUUCUAUGGAGAUGUUGUUGCAGAGUAUUGAUUCUACUGAAUUCGUCGACAAUUUUCACAGUACGAAGCUGGACUUUUCGCUCAUGGAAAAGCUCAAGACAACACUGACGAGGCUGGAUAUGCUGCGAGAUGCUGUCUAUGAAGCUGGCACUUUGUUUGACCAAAUCAAUUUGUUUCAGUAUCAAACCCAAACCGCUACAACUCAGGUGCUGAAAAACUUUUCUUCCCUUUUCAAACAGUUUAAUGGAUUGAUUAAUUCUAAAUUGCAAAAAAUAAUUGAGAAAUUAGAAGUAUUGAGUUUAGGAGAACAAACUGAUGAAUCAGAUGUUUCUAUCUUGGAUGAUGACUCUUCUAUUUAUGGAAGAGAUGCCGAUAUAAACAAACUUAAAGGUCUUUUGUUGUCGGAAGAUGCUAGUGAUGGUGAUUGUAAGAUGAGAAUAAUCUCCAUUGUUGGUAUGGGAGGGAUUGGGAAAACAGCCCUGGCUAAACACCUUUACAAUGAUCCUCAAGUAACGGCGAAAUUUGAGUUGAAACGGUGGGUAGAUAUCUCGAAAGAUUUUGAUCAUGUCAGUAUUUUUGAAACCAUUCUUGAAUCUAUCACUUCACAAUCAAUCAUGAAUCAUGAUAACCUUAGUUCUCAAAUUCUUAAAUCUGCGAAAACAAAAGGAAAUGACACUAGUGACAUCACUAGCAAUUACCCGAAUCUUCUGUUGCUAUCACUACAACAAAUUUUAAGCACUUCAAACUUUUUGCUAGUACUGGAUGAUGUGUGGGAUACAAAACAUGUUGAUUGGAUAUAUUUGAUGGACAUCUUUAAUGUUGGGGAUACGGGAAGUAGGAUCAUCAUCACAACAAGGGAUGAAAGAGUUGCAAGAUCCAUGCAAACCUUUCUUUUUGUCCACUAUUUGAGACCUCUGGAAAGUGAAGAUUGUUGGUCCUUAUUUUCCAAAUAUGCAUUUGGACCAUGUCACAACCAACAACAAUCGUAUCUAGAACAAAUUGGCAGGGAAAUUGCAAAAAAGUGUGAUGGAUUACCAUUAGCUGCAAUAGAAUUUGGGGCUCUUCUUUAUGGAAAGUUGUCUUCAAGUGACUGGAAUUAUGUGCUAGAAAGUAACAUUUGGGACUCGACAAACCAUGAGGUGUACGCUGCUAUAGAAUCGAGCUACCGUUAUCUUUCCACUCCUUUAAAACGAUGCUUUGCAUAUUGCUCUAUUUUUCCAAAGAAGGUCAUCUUAGAAAAAAAAAUGGUAAUUCAAUUGUGGAUUGCGGAAGGCAUAGUAGCAAUGUCUGCAGGUCAAGAAAGUAGGGAAAAAGUUGGAGAAGAAUACUUUGAUGUACUAGUAUCAAGGUCGUUGAUACAACGGCGAUCUCUCAAUGAUAGGGAAGAAAACUUUGAAAUGCAUAACCUCAUCCAUGAUUUAGCUACAAUGGUUUCAUCUCCAAGAUGUAUCAGGUUGGACGAACAUAACCUAGAUGAAAGUGUACAUAAGUUGUCAUACAACAGAGGACUAUAUGACUCAUUUGAUAAAUUUGAUAAAUUGUAUGGAGUAAAAGGUCUACGUACCUUUUUAGCAUUACCGUUACAAGAACAAUCACCUCGUUGUUUUCUAUCGAACAAGGUAGUACAUGAAUUGUUGCCAACAAUGAAACAAUUACGUGUGUUGUCUUUGUCAAACUACAAGAGUAUCACCGUGGUUCCCAAGACUAUUGGAAAUUUGUUAUACCUGCAGUACUUAAAUCUUUCUCACACUAAUAUUGAAAGGUUGCCUUCUGAAACAUGCAAGCUUUGCAAUCUGCAGUUCCUAUUGUUAGGAGGCUGUAAAAGGCUAACUGAAUUGCCUGAGGACAUGGGACAAUUGUUUAAUCUGCGCUAUCUUGACGUUAGUGACACUGCAUUGACGGAGAUGCCUGUACAAAUAGCCAAACUAAAAAAUCUCCAAACUUUGUCCAACUUUGUUGUCAGCGAGCAUAAUGAUGGAUUGAAGAUUGCAGAGCUCAGAAAGUUUCCCCACCUACAUGGAAAACUUUCCAUCUCACAGCUACAAAAUAUUAAUGACCCUUUUGAAGUAGAUCGAUCCAAUAUGAAGAUGAAAGAACAAAUAGAUGAGUUAGCUUUGGAAUGGGAUUGUGGUAGUAUGUUUCCUAAUUCAGAAAUAAAAAGAGUUGUACUUGAACAUUUGCAACCUGCAACAAAUUUGAAAAGUCUCACUAUCAAAGGUUAUGGUGGAAUCAGCUUUCCAAAUUGGUUAGGUGAUUUUUCAUUUAGCAACAUGGUGUAUUUGAAGAUCUCGAAUUGUGAUGAAUGUUUAUGGCUUCCACCCCUUGGACAGUUGGGAAAUCUGAAAAAACUCUUUAUUGAAGGGAUGCAAUCAGUACAAACAAUUGGUACUGAGUUCUAUGGAAGUGAUAGCUCUUCAUUUCAACCAUUUCCCUCCUUGGAGAUUCUACACUUUGACGAUAUGCAGGAGUGGGAUGAAUGGAACUUAACUGGAGGUACGUCUACAAAGUUUCCUAGUCUCAAAACUUUAUCACUAAGUAAGUGCCCGAAACUGAGAAUAGGAAAUAUACCUGAAAAAUUCCCUUCCUUAACUGAACUUGAAUUAAGAGAAUGUGCUCUACCAAUGCAAUCAAUGCCAUCAUCAAAUCUUGUAUUAAGGCAACUAAUGUUCCCUCCAAAUUCUCUUCAACAACUGACUAUAGACGGAUUUCCGUCACUCAUGUCUUUCCCAACCGAUAGUCUACCCAAGACCUUGAAGUUUCUCAGAAUCAAUAAUUGUGAGAAUCUUGAGUUCCUUCCUCAUGAAUACUUGAACAACUACACGUCGCUUGAGGAAUUAAAAAUAUCUUAUAGUUGUAAUUCAAUGAUAUCAUUUACCUUAGGCGCUCUCCCUGUCCUUAAGAGUCUAUUUCUUGAGGGUUGUAAAAAUUUGAAGUCAAUAUUAAUUGCAGAAGACACAUCGCAAAAGAGUCUCUCGGUUCUUAAAUGCCUCAAAAUAUGGGAUUGUAAUGAACUGGAGUCAUUUCCCCCAGGUGGAUUGGCCACUCCAAACCUCAUUUAUUUUGCAGUGUGGAAGUGUGAGAAGCUUCUUUCACUACCUGAAGCAAUGCACACUCUAACUGAUCUUCAAGAAAUGGAAAUUGACAAUCUACCAAAUCUUCAAUCUUUUGUCAUAAAUGAUUUACCUAAUGCUUUGCGAGAACUUACUGUUGGCUCUGUUGGUGGGAUUACGUGGAAUAUUGAGCAGACUUGGGAACAUCUCACUUGUCUUUCAGUGUUGCGAAUUAACGGCGAUGGUAUGGUGAAAACGUUGAUGGGGCCAUUGCUACCUGCAUCGCUUGUGACAUUAUGCAUUUGUGGUCUUAAUGAUACAAGCAUUGAUGAAAAGUGGCUUCAACAUCUCACUUCUCUCCAAAACCUUGAGAUUCUUAACGCACCCAAACUCAAGUCGUUGCCAAAGAAAGGAUUGCUUUCCUCUCUUUUGGUACUAAGUAUGACUCGCUGUCCAUUACUGGUAGCAAGGUUACAGAAGAAGAGAGGGAAAGAGUGGCGUAAGAUUGCUCACAUUCCUGCCAUAAUUAUUGACGAUGAAUUGAUACCAUAAGUUUCAUGUCUAGUAUUAAAUUCUGUGUCAUCCCUGCUUCUGCCCAAUCUUGCUGUUGUGAGAAGCCAAAUUUUUAUGCAUGAACUGCAACCAUAUCCAGUAAAUGUUUUACUGAUCAGGAGCACUUGGAGAGAAAUGGAAAAACCUGUCAGCGGAGGAGAAGGAACCGUACUAGCAAAAAGCCCAAGCGGAUAAAAAGCGUUACAAGGAUGAGAUUAGUGGCUACAAAAAUCCUCAACCAAUGAAUAUUGAUUCAGGAAGGCUUCGAAUUGGUUUCUGGCAUGUUUGCAGAUCUACCAAGGGAUAUACAAAUGUGUUUUGCCAUAAGGAAGGCUUCGAAUUGGUUUCUGGCUACUGUUUGAAAAUGUAAAUGAAAGCAUCAAUUCAUCUAGCAUUAUUGAUACAUGUUAGUUGCAACCAUGAAAUCUAACACAGUAGAUUUCACUGCCAUGUACAACUAACUACCUUUAGAAUAAUAGUUGAGUGCUCUAGAAUAAAGAUAUAUUUAGAAUAGGCAACAGUUAUCACUGUGGUUUAUCAUGCUGAACAGAUUAAUUAUAUGUCGAUGUUAUCCAUAUCAUAUAGUGUUUGCCUGAGAUUUUGCACUA